AUGCAUGCCGCUCACUGGACACGUGCCCUGGGCCGGCUGGACAUGAUGGACCAGCAGAUUUGGGUAUAUAAGUGCAGCUUCAGCUUCGGUCUGGCUGUUCUUCACAGACUUGCUCAGCAGUGUGAACUUCCACCUCAGAAGACACUGGCAGAUCUGCACAGCAGGACCAUGUUGUCCAGAAUCUUUUUCAUGUGCUUAGCACUCGCUCUGACAAAUGGAGUGCCAACGGUCACUGUGGAUGCAACGGAUCAAGCUCCAAAAAAAUGUUCUGAACUGGCAAACAGUAAUCCUAUGCCGGGAGCAUACAUACCUCAGUGUGAUCAAGAUGGAAAUUACUUACCUAAACAGUGCCAUGCUUCUACUGGACAUUGCUGGUGUGUGGACGAAAUGGGGACUGAGAAAGAAGGAACCAGGUGGUCGGCUGGAACAACACCCACUAACUGUGAGAAACCAGGUGAUGAAGUCCCAAAAUGCAGUGAAAUCAAGAUUGACGCCAUCACCACUGAUGACUCCGGCAAAUCUUACAUGUUUAUGAAUCAGAUUUACUCACAACUGGACGGCAACCGUGACACCUUUUAUAUCAACAGCACAUGGAAGGAGGUGAACGAUGGCGUGGAUGCUGUCUACUCCUACGGUGACACAAUCAACUUGAUUAAGAACGAUCAAGUUUACAUCUAUAAAAAAGAAGCUUCUAAGUACACGCUGGUUGAUGGUUACCCUAAAACCCUGAAGGAAGAGCUGAGCAUCGAGGGACAUGUGGACGCUGCUUUCAUCUGUAACAAUGAGCACAUCGUUCAUGUCAUCCAAGGACACAUGAUGCACAAUGUUAAUCUAACUGCCACACCCAGGGUCAUAACCGAAAACUAUCCCUUACCCUUGUCGGACAUCGAUGCCGGGCUGUGUAAAUCAGAAGGAGUGGAAGUAUACAAGGGCUCCACGUAUUAUGAAUACGCAAGCCCAUUUGUACUGGCUGUGUCCAGAAUUGCUCCUGAGCCUCUACAGGUCACCUCCAAACAACUCAAGUGUCAGGAUUAGGACAAGAAGUUAAAAGUCAGCUUCAAGAAACAACUCAAACAUAGGGACAGCACCAUCCUUGCACUUAAAGCAAUUCAUGGUGGAAAGAAGGUUAAUGGAAACAAAAUAUUCAAGGAAGCCCAAAACAAAUACUACUAGUACCAUGUAUUUUUUU